AUGUUGGGGUGUCUCUCCGCAGAGAGACAAAAAAAAAUAGAGACAGGAGAACCGAAACGGACGGCUCCAAACCACAAGGCAGCAGCAGCAGCAGCAGCAGCAACAGCAGCAACAGCAGCAGCAGCAGCAAUAGCAGCAAUAGCAGCAACAGCAGCAGCAGCAGCUGUAGCAACAGCAGCAGCAAAAGCACAACCAACAGCAGCACCACCAACACCACAGCAACAGCAACAGCAACAGCAGCAGCAACAUCACCAACACCAGCAGCAGCAGCAACAUCACCAACAGCAGCAGCAACAGCACCAACAGCAGCAGCAGCAGCAGCAGCAGACCUGA